AUGGUGGGAGGAGCGGAGGCGGCGAGCGGUGUGAUGGUCCACGUCACCACGCCGCUGCUGCCGCGCGAGGUUCCUGCUUCCGCAAGACACGUGUCAUCCGGCGAUGGGGGCCCUUCAACGCCGCAUUCCCCGGGUGCACGUCGCAUCGCUACAGCUGCAAGGAUCGCCGCUGUCGUCGGGUGCGUCGCGCUGCUCACCGCGCUCUGCCUCCUCGAGCCGCGCCGAGCUGGCCUUGCGACACGCGCUGAUGAUGCCGCCGAAAGCAGCAGCAGCAGCAGCAGCAGCAGCAGCACGGCUGCUCGUUUCUUCGCGUUCGGCGACUGGGGUCGCAACGGCACGUUCAACCAAUCGCUCAUCGCACACCAGGUGCGACGCACACGCUGCCUCAUCGUCCCUCUCGCUGUGACCACACACGCCAUCCACACACCCCUUCCUUGCAACGCGAAAUUUCUUGUACGCCUGUGCGGUGCAGAUGGGUGCAGUGGGGCAGCAAAUGGUUCCGCAGUUCGUGGUGUCGUCCUGGGCAACCACGACUACUACGGCAACGCCCUGGCUCAGCUGCACCCAGCCCUCGCCAACCGGGACCCGCGCUGGGUGUGCCACCGCAGCAUGGCGCUCUCCCUGCCGCUCUGCCCGUCCGCCAGCGUUGACCUGGUUGACCUAUUCCUGUACGACACCACGCCCCUCGUGCCCGCGUACCGCCACAAGCAGGGGCGGCGAGUGGACUGGCGUGGACUCAACACCGCCAACUGGACGCUGCAGGAGGCCGCGCAGCUGCAGGAGCUGGAGGGGUGGCUGGGCAACUCGAGGGCGCGGUGGAAGGUGGUGGUGGGGCACCACCCGGUGUUCAGCUACGGGCACCACGGCGACCAGCAGGAGAUGAUUGACCGCGUCAAGCCGCUGCUCGAGCGGUACGGAGUGGACGCGUAUUUAAAUGGCCACGAUCACAACAUGCAGCAUGUGAAGAAGGAUGACAGCCCAGUGCACUAUUUCACGGUGGGAGGCGGUUCCAAGGCGUGGCGCAGCGAUGCCCCCUCAGAAGCCCCAGGGCUGCGCUUCUACUUCCCAGGCCAGGGCUUCAGCGCACUGCAGGUGGACAGGGACCGACUCACAGUUGCAUUCUAUGGGCUGCGCUUCUACUUCCCCGGCCAGGGCUUCAGUGCACUGCAGGUGGACAAACUCUCAGUGGCCUUCUAUGGUGUGGAUGGCCAGCAGAUGUACUCCACUCCACUACUCUGA